UGACAAGACGAUGGUUGUGCUCCUUCACGAGAGGAACGUAAACCAUCACCCCCCUGGUGGCCAAAGCUACGAGUUGGGGCCCCCUUGACAAUCACUAUGAGAUUUGCUUUCAACAGCAGUGUAAAAAUAACACUUAUUUAAAACGCAGUUUAAAUAUAUAUUUUUAUAAAAAUGCUUUCAUUUACGUUCCAGGUUUAAUUGUUACUUAGAGCAGUAAAGUAAUAUUGCAAAGGGUUCGUACGGAGCGGUCGGUAGUGGCCGCAUUUUAGCGAUGACGGAGCGCCCCUGCACCGUUAAAUGUUCGAGACCGUGAGCGCAUGAAUGUCGCUUACCGCACUCCGUGAGCUCAUGCUGUCGUUACUACGCCACUGCUGUCGCGAUGUUUGACACGUGGUAGGCUUUCGCGACCAAUAUCAUCCACAAUACACGUUUCUUUGGGGUUAGAUCGCGUAUAUAUGUGCUUUUGCUCUGUCUCGCUCAACCAAAACAACGGCCUGGGAAAAUAAUCAUGCAGACGCAUGGAUUCCUCCUACUCAGCUCGUUCAAACGUGCGCUUCUCUUCGGAAGCGCUGUAUUGAAUUAUCUACGCUCGGUUCGCUUGUGUAAGUAUACUGAACUUAUUUCGCACCGUACUUAGCCAAACAACAAUAUUAAAAAAAACCGUAGUCACCUCACUGCGGUACCUUAGAAUUUGAUUUAAAGGUCCAAGGAUCAUAUUCACCGCGGACCCCUUGAGAAUCGAUUGCCAGAUCGCGCGACCGGAAUCGACGAUUGGCUGCCGCCCAAACCUCGACGAAUGGGACGCACCGCUUCUCCAUCACGUGGGGUAGAGGGGGAGGGGCUGUGCCGCCGGCCGGCCAAUGGGGAGACUCCUAUGGAGCCCGUGUGAGGAGGCGCUACCUGCGUUGCCGUAGAGGCGGCCCCGAGUGGAGGCCUUUGAGAGGCGGCCCUCUCUUGCCCCCCACGUUACCCCCUCCCCCGACACCACAACUCGGGGUGAUUGUUCGUUCGCGAGUCGCGGGGCUUCUCCCGAACCCGUGACGCCUGCGGGGACGGCGCGCCUAGGAUGAGCGCAGGUGAGCGCUCGCUGCUUGCCGCCGCGCGCAACCCCGCGUUGCCUGCGGGCCCAGGCGCGCGAUCAUCGGCAGAGCUCGCGGGCGAGGCGAGGGGGCUGCGUUCCUGAGCAAGGCCCGAGUGGAGUUUGCACGGAAAAAUCGGCGGUCGCCGCUCGUGAGGAUGGAGAGUUUUUUCCAGGCGGCUGCGUGCGCUCUGGACAAAGUCCUCGACGACUUUGAACAAACAGAGGAUGACGUGGAUUAUUUUGGGCUCGUGCCCGCUGCCCGCGGCUCCGAGAUGUUCUCGAGCCAGGACGGCAUCCGGCGUGCCGGACUCAAUGCCCCAGAGCCGCUGCCACCGCCAACACGCCCGCCGCCCGUUGGCACGGACGCGCUCUCGGAGAAGCGCUUCUCCCUGCCCGCGCUGAUCUCGCCUCCGUUGGCGCCGUUGGUGGAUGGGCGGGGCGGUGAGCGCGACCGCCCCUUCCUGAGCUUGCCCUCAAACUUCAUUGCGGAGAAACCGGGGUCGCCGCCUUCCCAAUCGUUUUCAUCGGCGUCGUCGUUGGCGUCUUCGGUGGAAUCGCCUCUUCCUUCGCCGUCUUUCCCCAUGCACCCGCCCGCACCGGAAAAUCUGCCUUCAACGUCGCCACCAUCGCAGGUGGCAUCUCUGUGGGCCUCCCUACCCACCGACGAUGCUCGCGGUACCGCGCCGAUCGAUCCUUUUGCGACAACGCGUCGCUCGGACCUUGCCGACGCUCUCGACGUGGGCCUCGUCUCCCCGGCCGUGACCUCGUCGGACGAGACCUUGACACCGUCGCCCCCGCGCUCGUCGCAACAGCCGCAGUUCACGCGACAUUUUGAGGCCGCGCGGCUGCAAGAUUGUCCGGUUGCCUGCGGCGGUGGCGGAGAAGAGGAAAGCACGGCGCACAACGCGUGUCGGCCACCGCUGGUGGCAUUCGACCUCCUGUCGGCGGGCCCCGGUGCCGAGACCCUGGCACCGCAGCGCGGCCCGCCGCUCUGCGACCUGCUGUCGGGGACGCAUGACAACAAGCAGCGGCCGCGCGACGACGAGCAGCGGCCGCGCGACGCCAUCGCGGCGGAUACGUCUCCUUCGAGCGGCGUGGACCGAACGCUGUUCAGAGGAGACCGGGCGGAGGGCGGGGAAACGAACGGGGACGGGAGCUACUCGACGAGCGUGGGAGGCGAGCGGCUCACUGUGGUGUGCGUGGCGGAUGAGCCACGGUCACCUGACCGGGAUCUCUCGGACGAGACGUCACGGAACUCCGGCUCGGCGGCUGAAAUGUCGUCGGAAAACGACGCGAGCGCGACGUUCGAGGCGGAAAGCGUACGAGCCGACGCGUGCCGGGACGACUCUCCGGAGCCACCCCUCUCCGCAGAGGCUCUUGCUGCAACCGGAGUGGCGUUUAACGACGCUGAUAGGAGUUGCGGCGAGGGCGAGAAUAGCGGUGGCGGUGUUGCCAUCGAUCAGCCGACGGCGCUGGACGAUUGCCGUCGAGGGGUGGACUCGGAGGCGAGCGAACCCCCAAGCGAGCCGCCCGCCGAGGACUCCCUGCGGCACUGGCCGCCCAUCCCCGGAGACGGCGCCGAUGUCGUCCGACCACCGCUCUUACGUGGCGCCGAGCGGGAGGCGCUGCCCUCGCUCGUCAACAAAGAGGAGGUCGCCAUGCCCACCCUCAGCACCGAGGAGCCGAAGAAGACGCGGGAGGAGUUGCAGGAGCUGGAGGAGUUGGAGGAGCCGGGAGCAAGCAUCACGGCGAAGGAGGAGGGCACUGCCCCGCGAACUAAUGGAGCUGCGGACGUGUCGGAGAGCGAUGCCGAGCUGGAGGCCUUCCUGAGCUCGCUCGAGGCCAGCGCCGACUCCCCCCCGGCUUCCCCGGCCCCCUCCCUCAAGGAGGACCGCGUGACCGAGGAGAAGGAGGUGGAGGACAGCAAAUCGGACACGAGCGGCGACAGCGUUUCCCCGCUGCGCGGCGGCGGCGCUGACUCCGGCUCCCCUGCCAUGGCGCCUCUGCUGCCUCGGCACGCGGCGCCAGCGCACAACGGCAACGAUACGCCGGGGGCUGCGCGGCCCCCGCCGGGCGGCGCUCGCCCCAAGCAGCCGCUCCGCCUGCAGCUGCCGCGGCCGGCGAGCAACCUCCUGGGCGGCCGCGACGAGGCCGACGGGCGCGAGCCGCCCGAGGCCCACGCGGCGCCCUCCUCCGCCACGGAGAACCACGUGACGGCAAUGGCGGCGGCGCCGGCCGAGGAGGGGGAGGACGAUGAGGACGACGAGACGACGCAGGAAGAGGAGGAGGAGGAAGAGGAGCGGGUGUGGUCGCACGGCCCCGGCGGUGCCAGCAGGGCCCGUGCGGGAGGGGAGCGCCCGGCGGGGGGCACCCAGGGGAGGGAGGGCCCCGGGACGAGCGCUCCCAUGUGGGUGCCCGACGCCGAGGCGCCCAACUGCAUGCGGUGCAAGGCACGGUUCACCUUCACGCGCCGACGGCACCACUGCCGCGCGUGUGGCAAGGUGUUCUGUGCCCCCUGCUGCUCGCAGAAGAGCCGGCUGAGGUACAUGGAGAACAAGGAGGCUCGCGUGUGCAUUCGCUGCCACACUCACAUCGACAAAGCAGUCGAGGCGGUGGACAGAAUGGUUGCCCUGGCGCCAUCUCCGCCGCCGGCGCCGCCGUCACCGCUAUCGACGUCGGCGCCGCCCAGCGGGAGCCCCAACCCCAACAACCCGGCCGAGUACUGCUCCACGCUGCCGCCCCUGCAGCAGGCCCGCGCCGCCGGAACCCUGGCCUCGCCGCCACCCACCGUCAUGGUGCCCGUGUCGGCGCUCAAGCACCCGGGACAGGACGGGUCCCAGCGGGAGCCGAGACGCGUGUGGUUUGCCGAUGGAAUCCUGCCCAAUGGAGAGGUGGCAGACGCCACGAUCCUGUCGGGCACACCGGGGACACCCGUGCCGGGGUCCUCACCACCACCCACCCCUCCACCUGCUGCUGCAGCAGCUCAGGACCCUGGAUUGCCCAUAUCGCUCAGUGAGCCGGAGCCGCUCCCGCCAACGGUGGCCCCUGUGGUCCCCGUGACCGCCGUGGUCCCCAUGGUCCCCGCGGCCCUUGCGGCCUCGUUGGGCCCUCCGGCAGCUCCCGGAGGAGUUCCACGUGUCCUCCCGGCGCCCACGGGCAGCCCCGUGGGAAAGGGUCUGAACCUCAUCCCGGACGACGACGAGGGACUGCCCCCCAUCCUCAUCUCAUCCGGCGUCAAAGGAGACUACUCGGUGGAGGAGAGACCCUCGCCGGGCCUCCUCGUCGCCGUGCUGGAAGAAGCGGAGACCCGAGGAGGAGGAGGAGGGGCAGACGCCGCGCCCGUCGUGUUUGUGCUCAACGCUAACCUGCUGGUCUCCCUGAGGAUCAUCAACUAUGUGAACCGGCGGUGCUGGGUGUUUGCGACGCGGGGCAUGCACGCGGUGGGGCAGGCCGAGGUGGUGGUGCUGUUGCAGUGUCUGCCAGACGAGAAGACCGUCCCCAAGGAUGUCUUCCACUCGCUGCUGCAUGUCUACACGGACGCCUACAAGGGCAAGCCGGUGGGACACCUGGGCCACUCAUUCCUGGGCCGCGGCUUCCUGGGCAGCCGCGAGCAUGGAGGCUUCCUGUUCGUGUCGCCGGCCAUGCAGGCGUUGCCCGCGUGCGAGCUGCCCCCGCAGCCGCUGCUCUUCGCGCUGCUCAUCCAGAAGUGGGAGGCUCCCUGGGCCAAGGUCUUCCCCAUCCGUCUGAUGCUACGGCUCGGGGCAGAGUUCAGAUUCUACCCCUGCCCCUUGUUCAGCGUGCGUUUCCGGAAGCCGCUGUUCGGAGAGACUGGGCACACCAUCAUGAACCUACUGGCGGACUUCAGAAACUAUCAGUACAGCCUGCCCACCGUGCCGGGCCUCGUCGUGAGCAUGGAGAUGGGCCACACCUGGAUCGACAUCCCCAGCAACCGCUACAACCAGAUGGUGAAAGUGCUGAACGGCGCCAACGAGCACGUGCUGGCGUUCGGUGCCGUCUUCAACUCGGCCGCCGACUCGCACCUGGUGUGCGUGCAGAACGACGACGGCAACUACCAGACGCAGGCCAUCAACAUCCACGCGACGCCGCGAAAAGUGACGGGAGCCAGCUUCGUGGUGUUUAACGGUGCCCUGAAGUCUUCAUCGGGGUUCCUGGCCAAGUCAAGCAUCGUGGAGGACGGGCUCAUGGUGCAGAUCACGGCGGAGGGGAUGGAGGCGCUGCGCUCGGCGCUGCGUGAGAUGCGGGACCACACGCUGGUGUGUGGCCGUGCCGACGGGGAGCCCCCUCGCGAGCACGUGCACGCACGCUGGGUCGCCGACGACGCCGCCUUCAACCGCGGGGUAACGAGCCCCAUCGAUGGGCGCUCCAUGGAGGGAGUUCCCAGCGUCAAGAUCUUCCAGGGGUCAGAGUUCAAAGGCAGCGGGAAGAUCAUCAGGUGGACGGAGGUGUUCUUCCUGCAGAAGGAGGAGGAAGGCGUCGGUGAGGGCGGGAGUCGGGAGGGCGGCACGUCGACCUUCGACCCCGCGGACCACAGCCGCGUGGCGGAGGCGGUGGCGCGCGCGUUUUGCGUGGCGCUGGCGCCUCGCCUCAAGGAGCUGCGCGAGGACGGACUCACGCAGCUGGGACUGCGCCUCACCCUGCACUCUGAGCAGGUCGGUUACCAGGCCGGAGGAAACGGGCAGCCGCUCCCCGUGCAGUACAUGAACGAGCUGGACUGCGCGCUCAUACCCAUAAUGCACGGCGGUGGAGGAGGGGGCGGCCCGGGCGAUGGCGCCGUGCGCAUGGAGCUCGUCUUCUCCAUCAUGGAGAACGUCUCCUAGCGACGCAGCGGACCGUCGCCGGCACGAGGCUGCUGUUGCCGUGGCGACGGCGACGAAGCGGCGCUCCGUGAAAACAGAGUUGCUGCCACGGCGCCUCCGUCCAUUUUGAUGCUGCGAGGAUCCUUGCGAAUUGAACGGAUGUCAUAUAUUUUCGAACGAGCCACGCUCGUUAGCGGCCCGUGUGUUUUUCUGUUUCGUUACUUUUCAAGCCGCUUUGAUUUCUACCAAAAAAAAAACGUCUCGACGUCCAGUCGCCGAUUGUGCCGGGAAGAACUGUCCGAGAGUGAACUGUGCAUUUUCACUUUGUACGCAUGAGUGUAAUUUUACGGUGGGGACUUAGGAACGUGGGCACGCACGCGCGUGGACACGCGGACGCUCGGGAGGCGAGGAGAGCGCCGCUCACCAGAACUUGGGAUAACGGCAGCCCCGCCCGCUUGGCACGGGCACCGCACCACUACCGCCAGUCGACAGCAGACACACCGAGACGGUCGCACAAAACAUACCAGGCCUCAACUGACACACACAACGCACCCAUAGUACAUUCUUUCUCCGGCGGUUCAGCCUCCUCUGAUGAAAUGCUUUAACAGCAAAACCAUUUAAAAGGUCUCGGCACUGAUGAUACGCAGUCGGCGCUAUUGGAAUCGCGUUCUGAUAUGAAAAAAAUGUCCUUACACAAAUGGUCAACAGAGCUCCACCUCGUCACUCGAAGUGUCUCAACGCGGGGCGUCUCACCUGGAUACUCUUGUAAAAAGUGGUCCACACGUCGCUCACCAUAUUUUAUUUCAGCCCUCAGAAUUGAGGAGUCUAGUUUAUUACGAGAUAUAUUUGCGCACGCGUAUUAGCGACCUGGGUUAAGACGAUCAGCUCACUACACUCAAAUGUUUGGUUUCAUCAGGACCGGCCACCUAGAUUUGCACCCAUGUUUAAUCGGUGCAGGCUCAUCGACCGACAUGGCACGGGGAUCCAAACGAGCCCAGUCGCUCUUCUUUAUUUAUCUGGACAAGAGCCCAAUGAGGCUGGCUGACUUCGGCUGACAAGCUAAAUUGAUAUUUAUCUUGCAAAAGAGACCUGGAAACAAUACGUCUGAAAUUUUAUCGGGUACGAGCCCAGUGUAAGUCAUGAAGCCAACAGCUGUCUUGACUAGUUGCGCACUGCCAGUUUAAAAAAAAUUAUAAUUGGCAGGUCAUUCUAAAGUUUGGGGUUUAUUCCACAGAAUUUAACGCCCUCUUUACUCAGAGCACUUUAAUAAUAAUCAUGAUAAUAAUUUGAUGCUAAAGUUACCGGGAGGUUGCCGUGGGAAUAAAAACAUUGUGUCCACGCAAAGUGGCUCAAUGGCGAGCGUGCUGGCCACUCGGGCUGCUCGUGUCCACGGGCUCCUCGCGUACACGGGCUCCUCGUGUCCACGGGCUCGUCGCGUACACGGGCUCCUCGCGUCCACGGGCUCCUCACGUACACGGCCUCCUCGCGUACAUGGGCUCCUCGCGUACACGGGCUCCUCGUGUCCACGGGCUGCUAGCGUACACGGGCUCCUCGUGUCCACGGGCUCCUCGUGUCCACGGGCUCCUCGUGUCCACGGGCUCCUCGUGUCCACGGGCUCCUCGUGUCCACGGGCUCCUCGUGUCCACAGGCUCCUCGCGUACACGGGCUCCCUGCAUUCCUCGUCGAUACUUUGAGCGGUGUCCCGGCCUCAAUUUGCGCAGGAAUCCAGUGAAAGUGAGCAUUCUGCAUGCCACCUCAUAAAAUUAAUUACGCUGACACCAUCUCAUUUUGUGUUCUAAUCAGCGGGGCUUUCUUGUUCACAAUGUUAGUGUGUGGACCACGCCUGAAAAGCCACCAGUCAGAAUGCUGCUGCUGCUGCUCGAUCUCAUUCGCCGACUUUAUUCAACAGAACCACGACCCCCUCCAUGCGGCAGCCAUCGCUAGGCUCGCAUCAUCGAACGCGACUCGCGAUCGUGUGCGAUGAGCGUGGCGCCGUCGUCAUCCUGGUUGACGAGCAAGCGGAGGAUCCGGGCGGAGGGGCCUAAGCACUGUCGACCUGAGCCUCAAACACUAAAUCCUGUUGUAUGAAUUGUAAAAAAAAGAAAAAAAGUGCUCGUUAAAAACACUGGGGCUUGCUUAAAAAAGCGUUGAUGUGAAUUUUUAGCCGGAACGUGAUUCCCUCGCACGUGGACCCGCCUUUCAUCGUGAGUCGCAGCAUUGAGACGGCUGCCCCAAUGGCAGGCGCUUUCCAGAGCACCCGUACAGUUGGCAGCGUCGCUCGGUAACAGAGUGCAGGUUGUCACCGGCGCUUAUGACAGCCGCGCGAGGUCUUGAGCAAUGUUCGCGUGCAGCACCCCCCCCCCCCCAUGCCUUGCUACUGUCAUUGAUCUCUCGUUUCUUAGGUUUACUCAGGAAAGUCUCGCUGAGUCGUUAGUUUUAACGGGCGUCGUAAUGUUUGGCCAAAUUCGUGGGACGAAACCAGAGUGCCUCGAGAAAACCCGAGCGCAAAGAGGAGAGCGCUCAAACCCCAACGGACGUCCUUCCGGCUCCUCAUCUGACCUUCGUGGAUGCCUCGCGCAAACUCCCAUCGCUGCGGCAACCACCAACCCCACCUCCCACGUCGCUAGGUGAAAGUCCCCUCCCACCGCAUGUGGCUCUUCGGAUUAAGCUUUUGAUAUGCUCGCAAUAUCCGGUGCUAGUGUCUCGUGCAGGUUGAUGACACCGUGGAGCUAUGCACUUUUAAAUCUCGAUUGAAAACUCAUUUCUUCAAGAACAGCUUUUCGUGUUUAGUUGUCCUUCCCCCGCACCUCCGAUUUGCACGGUUGGCUAUGUACGGUGAGAAAGAAGUGCAACAUACAUAAAGCACGUCGCGGGGCUCCAACUUGUGAAGUGGGAGGUGGCUCUGUAUAUUGACCGUAGCUCUUUAUGAAGGCGGGCACUGCCAUGUGCUCGGAUGGAUUGGUGUUCGGAUUAGGGCUGCCCAUUACUAUAACCAGUGGCACAGAUGUAAAUAAAUGUGUAUAAUGUCGACCAUACAGAGAUUGUUGGUAGUCUGUACCCGUAAAUGAACACGCAAAACAAAAUAUACCUGGGUUUUUAUUUAAUUUCGUUAUCAAAACUAUCUGUUAAAAGCUGUUUAAAAAAAAAAGCUUAUUUACCUCUCAAAUCGUGGCACCCAUCGACGCGACAGUGAGCCGCCACAAUAUGUUUCACGAUCACCUCUGCGCUGGUGUCCCAUCGAGUAACGCAGCAGCUCCCAGCAUGCAACGUGCGUCGUGGUGUAGACCGGGGCUCAUGGGGUCCUCGCACCUCCCGAUGGGAAGUGAGACGGCCUUGGCUGUGACGUCGCCCGAGGACGCUGCCGCGGUACGCCAGGGAGUCGUGUUGCUGUGGCUUUCGAUUAUCGUUCCUCGGUAAUGACGCUCAAAAGUCCGCCUCGGAUUACCACGGUUGACCGCGUACGGUGCGAAAGAAGCUCUACGUACGUACAAAGCCCAGAGAGCCGUAGGUUCUUGGUGGCUCUAAGGAAGGAGGCAAUGUGGGAAAUCGCUCACCCCCCUUUACCUGAGUGUAAACACCAAAAGCCCGAUGGUGUGUCAUGCCCAGUUACUUGUGGCUUGAUUGAGAUGUUUUUUUUGUUCUCGUUGGUUGGUAGGAGUCCAGGAUUCAAACCCAGGCCAAAGCGGCGCAGGGCCGCAGAGUUGUGACGCAGGAACCGUGAGGCGCAGGGCGUGAUGUGAUUGACCGAAACCCAUUCUAUCACUGCGCAGUCUUCCAUUACCGAUGACGAUGUGAAGGAUUUGCAAGUGCCGACGAAUAAUGUAUACGACUCAAUACUGUGUUGACGAUGUGGUUUUUGCACGAUCUCAUCUUCCUGCACCCUCUUUGGGCAGGGAAUGCGUUAAAUGUUUUUCAUUUACUCUUUACCACUACCAUCGCCCUGCAGUCGUGUGGUCCAUUAACCCCCGUCCGUCCCACCACCUCCCAUCGGCAGCAGCAGCAUCAUUAUUUCCAAGUAGCCUGGAGUCUGGAUCACCCUGUGGCGCUCACUCAUUGAGAACCUCGUUGAGACGGAGGCCUGCAGGCGGGAUCCCCGCAUGGCACGUGCCAGGGUGUACGCUCCCUUCCCACAACUUGUACGAGUUUCAUUCACCAGGCGAGAGCCCGAUGAGAUUAUCCGAGUGGGGAGGAGGGUGCUCGCAUAUCAGCCGGUUAGCUCCAUAUCGAUGGUUAAUUGAUGGUAACAACUUGCUCAUUUCUAAGGAUGAGCUGCCAACGCAUCCUGUCAACUUUUAACGCGCGCAUUAAAGAUCGCAUUAAUUGGCGAUACUCUGCGCUGGCAGUGGUGCACGCGCACAACGGACGCGCACCACACGCUCGUUAAUAUCGCUACGUUAAAAGGAGAAAUUAAAAAGUGGGAAACGUUUCAGGCAAUGGUCCUUCAUUCGGUGUGCUCUGAAGAAGGGCCAUGGCCCAGAACGUCGCCUGUUUUAUAUUGAGCACCCUAUUUGGUCGUGUGCGAUGCAGAUUGGACGAUGUGCCGCCGUUUUAGCUCAAGUCCCACAUGCGAAAGUGACCCACGGCCGAACUCUGAAGUGAUGUUCGCAUCCCUUUACAAUUUUUGUCUAUGGGGCGUCUGGAAUAUUGCACUCACAUCUGGGUUCAUGGGAACACCUCGGUGAAUCUCAGUGGGUACACCCAUUGCGCUGUAUAAGCUCUCACGCGUCAUUCUCAUACCUGUAAACCCCCUUAUCAGACCAAUUCAGACCUUAUCGGUCACCCCGUGCCCUUAUACAUCUCAACGUUCAUCCUACAAAGUUCCAUCACAAGGGAGUAACACAAAUAAUAGAUAAAACAUUGUUUGCCCGUAGUGAAACGGCUGUACGCCAUAUGGACCUGAAAACUCAAUUUCCCUGUACAACAAUACGGAUAAACCGUGUAUGGGUUGACACGGUGUGCAUUCUCGAGGAUCAGCUUUCGACCAUGCCAGGUAUACACGCCCGCUGAGGCAAUCUCCAAGUCGCCAGGACUUCAACAGAUUUUCUCGUAAAGCAAAGCGGGGAUGAGCCUAGGCAGUGUCUGGGACGAGUAGCGACCCUGAACAGACAGGUUGCCAAUGGAGCUCUGCUCUGGAUAGCACAGGGGUGGUG